AUGAAGAAACUUGUUCGAUUUAAUUCUCUUCUCAAUGCAGAAAAGAUUCUGAUGUUACUUUUUCUUCUAGCUUUUCCAUCUCUAGUUUUAGGAGACUGCACCUGCGAUGCAGAAGAAGAAGAUAAAAACAGGAGUUUAGCCCUCAAGUACAGGUUCGGAGCCAUAGCUGCAAUCUUCCUGGCCAGUUUAGUGGGCGUCUGUCUUCCUGUAUUAGGCAAGAAAAUUCCAUCAUUAAGCCCUGAAAACAAUUUCUUCUUCAUUAUCAAAGCAUUUGCCGCCGGCGUAAUUUUGGCAACAGGGUUCAUUCAUGUUCUCCCGGAUGCUUUCGAGAGCUUGACUUCCCCAUGUCUUCCUCAAAACCCUUGGGGCAAGUUUCCUUUCACGGGCUUUGUAGCAAUGCUUGCAGCCAUUGGUGCUCUUAUGGUUGACGUACAUGCAACCUCACAUUAUAGAAACAAAUCUGGAAAUGGCAAGGGUAUUGAAGCUGUAGAAGGUGAUGGGGAGAAUCAAUUCUCUGGGCUUCCCCUUCAUACAGAUGCUACUCAUGGCCAUGCUCAUGCCUCUGUAUCUGUGGAAGGGGGAUCCAUUCCUAAUCAACUUCGUUAUCGUGUUAUAUCACAGGUUUUGGAACUGGGAAUCAUAGUUCACUCCGUAAUUAUUGGAAUUGCUUUAGGUGCAUCUGAUAAUCCAAAAAUAAUAAGGCCUCUUUUGGCAGCUUUGACCUUUCAUCAAUUUUUCGAAGGUAUUGGACUUGGCGGAUGCAUUGCACAGGCAAAAUUCAAAGCACAAGCAACUACAAUUAUGGCUCUUUUCUUCUCGCUUACAACACCAUUCGGCAUCGCAAUUGGGAUUGGAAUAUCCAAUGUUUAUAAUGAAAACAGCCCAAAUGCUCUCAUUGUGCAAGGAAUUUUUGAUGCAGCAUCAUCUGGGAUCCUGGUUUACAUGGCAUUAGUGGACCUUCUCUCGGCUGAUUUUAUGAAUCCAAAGAUGCAAAGCAAUGCAAGGCUCCUACAAGGGGCAAAUAUUUCCCUACUUUUUGGUGCUGGUUGCAUGUCUCUCUUGGCCAAGUGGGCUUGA